GCUCUUGUAAAUGCUGAAAAUGAAAAACAAGGAGGGUGGAAAGGCCCCCCCAAGUGGCAACCAAAAACAGAUCACGGGGGGCCCCCGAGUCGCGUCAAAGAUAUGUGUAACUACUGCAAGCAGCUCGGUCACUGGAAGAGAGAGUGUCCAAACCGACGUACCGGACGCCAGCCCUGUUGCCCAGACCGACCUCAGCAACAGAUGGCUGUGGAAAGAACAGACGCUGUUGAUAGUGAGGAAUGACGGCGACCAGGGGGUCCUCUUGUCACCUAUUCAAAUUAUUUUACUCCUUAUGUUUGUUCCUCCACAGACCCCCAGGUUCACCUAACUUUGGGAGGAACUGCCUAUUCUUGUCUUUUGGACUCAGGGGCUGCCCUUUCUACUGUUACUUCCAAGCCGAAGAAGGGAAGCCUCACAAAUAAAAGCAUUCCGGUAAUGGGAAUAGGCGGAAAGCCAUUUAACUGUUCUGUAUUACAGGAGACUGCUGUAGAAAUCUCUGGUGUCUUUGCCUCCCAUGCCUUUUUGCUAGCUCCUGACUCUCCAGUUAAUCUUUUGGGCAAAGAUCUGUUGUGUAAGUUGCAUGCUCAGAUUUUCUUUUCAGAUGACAAAAUCAUCCUUCGGUUGCCUCAAAACCAACUUCCCCAGCUGUGUGCUGUUCUGACCCAGGCUACCGAGGACCCGAUCCAGCCGGCGGGCCCGAUAAUCCUACCUGAACGACUCAGACAGAAGGUAAAAGCCUCCCUAUGGGGCACUUCAAAGGCAGACUUGAGCACCCUCCAGACAGAGCCAGUACAAAUAACUCUGAAGCCAGGCACUGACAUUCCUCAAAUUCGUCAGUAUCCCAUCCCCCGAGAAGCUCUGCUUGGCCUCCGGAGUCUUAUCACCACAUUCCUGCCGUUGGGAGUGCUAGUUCGCACCAAGUCUCCUUUCAACACCCCCAUUCUGCCAGUCAAAAAAUCUGACAUGAAUUCAAAGAAAAAACCGGUAUACCAGUUUGUUCAGGACUUGCAUGCAGUGAAUAAGGCUGUUCAAGCUAGACACAACGUGGUACCUAACCCUCACACAAUCCUGACUGCCAUUCCAGCAGGUACGCAGCUCAAUUUCAGUCCCUACCCGCUGAUGUCCCUGCCCAUCGGAUCACCCCGGGAGAUUGGGUCUAUGUAAAAAAGUGAAAGCACAAGCCUCUCCAACCCCGGUGGGCGGGCCCUUUCCAAGUCCUCCUUACCUCCCACACUGCAAUUCAAGUAAAAGAACGGGACACUUGGAUUCACCACACCCAAGUCAAGGUAGCUCCUAGGCCGGGGCCAGAAGCAGACAACUCCGGACCUCGAGGGAGCCCCGCUAGCUCUUCCCACCGCGACCCAAAAGAGCCUAAAGCAGACAAUACCUGAAAGGCUAAACCUCUCAAGGGCUGGAGCUAUGAAACAAAAGCAGAGAUCCCCAGGAUCAACCUAAAAGACAUUCAGUACUGAUAGAUUACUACAACUCUGUCACCUUUUGGAAUCAUAGACUGUAACUCAUUUCUGUACAGUACCUGCUCACUUAACAUCCUCCCAGUUAAUGUUGUUUCGUUAUUUAGGUCACUGACCUAUUAGAGAACAUAGUCCUUUAAAGUCCUGCAAUGUUCCAUUAUAACGUUGUUUGGCUCCCCCUGCUCCACCCACCUGCGCUCCUGCCAGGGAGCGGGGUUGGGGCCCAAGGCUUCCCCCACUCCGCCCACUCGGCAUUCCAGCUGGGGAGCAGGGUCGGGGUGCGGGGGCUUGCCCGUUCCCCGGCUGGAACACUUGGCGGGUGGAGUGGGGCAAGCCCCCACGGUCUGACCCCCGCUACACCCCUGCCUCAACCAAUCUGCACAAUCAUCAUUGGUGAGUGCAGUAUUAAAUUGUUUGUUGACAAUUAUUUAAAACUUAUACUGUAUAUGUAUCUAAUGUCUUUUGUCUGGCAAAAAAAAAUGUCCCUGGAACCAAACC